AUGCGGAGGCAUUUCAGCGUAAUGAUUGCGAGGACAACUUGGGCGACGGCAUGCGGAACGGACAUCAAUUUCUACAAGGCGACUUCCAGCCGGGCCGGCCGCCCUUUCGCCGUCGUCGAGUUUAAAAGGCGGACAUUCAUCAGGAGGGCUGAAAUGGACGCGGCUCUCCGGAAAUACGAGCCGACCGCCGCGGCCGCCGCGGCCGAUGUCGCUACCUACCUGACCGAGACCGGAAUCACCCUUGCUGAGAUGAUUCUCGUCUAA